AUGAGAUAACCUAUAUGAUAUAGUAAUCUUAAAAAGCUUUUCUUUGUGAAAUUCUACGUGUUUCCAUUGUGUCCCAGAUAAAUUGAAUUCAUUAUCAAAUCAGUAUUUUGAAAUUUAUCAAGGAUAUAUUCACAGAUACCAUAAUGAAAGAGGAAACUACCAUGAAUAUAACUCAAGAUGAUCAAAUCAAUAAAGUAACCAAUAUGAGUAGUAGUUGUCUGAAUUGUAUCAGAAGUCGUACUACAAUAUUGAUUAUUGUAUUUAUUGCAUUACUUCUAGAUAAUGUAUUAUUAACUACUAUUGUUCCAAUUAUACCUAAAUUAUUAAUAAAUAAAGAACUAAUAGAAACUAAUUGUACCCAUGGGAAUUGUUCCCAUUCAACUAUUCAUACCAUUGAUAAUUAUAAUCCACAUAUUAAAAUUGGUAUACUAUUUACUGUUAAACCACUUGUACAGUUCUUGGUGAAUCCAUUUAUUGGUCCAAUUACUAACAGAAUUGGUUAUAGUAUUCCAAUGUUUACUGGAUUCAUACUCUUGUUUAUAUCAAUAAUUAUUUUUGCUUUUGAAACAAAUUUCUACAUUUUAUUGAUUGCCAGAGCUAUUCAAGGUGUUGGAUCAGCAUGUUCAUCUGUAUCCGGAAUGGGAAUGUUAGCCACUUAUUAUAUUGAUGAAACAGAACGAGGUCGUGCAUUUGCUAUUGCUUUAAGUGGACUUGCUAUAGGGUUAUUAAUUGGUGCCCCCUAUGGAGGAAUUACAUAUCAGUUUAUAAGUAAACAAGCACCAUUUCUCAUUCUGGCUAGUAUAACUGUUGUUGAUGGAAUUCUACAACUGUUAGUCUUGAAACCAAAGAUUCAACGUGAAAGUCAAGAAGGUUCAAAAUUAACUGAAUUGUUAAAAGAUCCAUAUAUUUUAGUAGCAGCUGGUUCAAUUACAUUUGGUAAUCUUGGUAUGUCUGUAUUAGAACCAACUUUACCAUUAUGGAUGAAAACUAGAAUGAAUUCUACAGAAUGGCAACAAGGUAUUGCAUUUCUACCAGCUAGUUUAUCAUAUCUAGUUGGUACAAAUAUAUUUGGACCAAUUGCACAUAGAAUCGGUAGUGGAUAUAGUGCAGGUUUAGGUUUAUUAAUUACUACUGGAUGUUUAAUAGCAGUACCAUUUUCAAAACGAAUGGAACAUUUAAUAGCGCCUAUGUUUGGUUUGGGAUUUGCUGUUGGCAUGGUUGAUUCAUCAAUGAUGCCAAUCAUGGGUUAUUUAGUAGACUUAAGACAUGUUGCAGUCUAUGGAAGUGUUUAUGCUAUUGCAGAUGUGGCAUUUUGUCUUUCAUUUGUAGUUGGACCAAUUGUUGGUGCUGUACUGGUCAAAUUCUUAGGUUUUAAUUGGAUGAUUUGGAUUACUGCAAUCAUUUGUUUUCUCUAUGCUCCUUUAACGCUAUUUCUCAGGAAUCCAUCAGGAGAAGUCACGAGUAAUUUAGAGAUAACAGUUUGUAAAUCUAUUUCCAGUUUAGAUGAAUAACCGGGAACUGUCAUUCAAUUAAAAAUGUAAUGAUGCAUUUCUCUUUGUAUUAAUGUUAAUAUCUCUGUUGAGCAUAUACCAGUUAUCCAAGUGAAAUCCUAAAAGUAACAAACAACUUAGUAAUUCCAACAGAUGGAUUUAUUAUCAUCAAUCAAGCUGCGAAACAUUGUGUCUUUCAGUUUGACCAUUUAAUUUAAUUGUGGAUAAAUACUAUUUCCACUGAAUUAAAA